AUGAAAUUCAGUUUAACAAAGUAAUUUGACGAAGUACAUAUUUUUAGAUUAGUUAGAAUGAAUAUGUACCAUUUAAGAGAUAAAUAGAGAAAUUAUAAAUUAAACCAGAUAGCUAUGUUUAAUUUUGUAAUUUUGAUUGGAUUGCUAUUUAAAAAGAUUCUGAUUUAACACUCUACAGAGAUGGAUUAUAAGAUGUAUUUCUUUAUUAUUAAUUUAGGCUAAUGAAAUUGAUCUCACUUAAUUAUUUGGCAAAACAUAAUGCGGCAAAGUGUAAGUUUACUUUUUCAAAUUUGCAAAUGAAUAAUUUGAUCAAAAACAAAUGAUUUUAAUUGGAAAUAGUAAUAUUUGCUUAUUUUAUUUUAGAUAUCAUUAUUGGCUAUGACAUUUUAGAAUAACCAAAAACUUGUAAAAUUUAAAUGAAUGAUGAUUACAGAUUUAAAAGAAAAUUAUUAUUUUCUCAGGUAGAAAUACUUGAAUAAGACUCUAACUUAUACAUAUUGACAGAUCAUUUCGAUCUAAUUACAUUAAAUUUAGCAAACAAGGAUAAUCGAUUCAAUUACUAACCUUUAUUUAAAAAAGGAAAUUUUAUCACGAAUUUGUUAUUUUAAAAUAAUUUAGAUUUCUAUAUUUAAGGGGCUAAUUAUAAAUUUUCAGUCUUCGAAGACACUCUCCUUAUUGUACAAUAAACAACACCAAAUUCAAUAAAAUCAUAUUAAUGUAGUCUAAAUCCUUUUAAUUUAAUUGUAAUUUUUAUUUCAAUUUUAUAGUCUUAAUCAUAAAGAAAUUUUGUUUGCGAUGUUACUAAUACAAAUUGUUAAGUUGGGAUUAACAAUUUUCAUAUAUAAAGGACUUCAAAAGGAUUUAAUUUGAUUUCUUUUGCUAUCAUAGAAAAUAAGGAUUAAUAAGAUAGACCUAGUUAAAUUAAAUUGAUUACAAAAGAAAUAGAAAUUAUAGAUUAAAAGUCUGAUUUUUCUAAUUUUGAUAAAUUAACAUAUGCUGAUUUAAAUGAGUUGAAACUACAAGGAAAUUAAUUAAAGUCAUUCUUCUUUGAAAAUGAUUAAGAUUUGGUAGUAUUAUACUCAGUCUUUGAUACAAAUUAUUAUCAUAGCAAUUUAUCUUCUUCUCUUAAAGAACAUUAAAUUUUCAACGGAAUUCUUUAAGGAGUAGGAAUCUCAUUGAAUAAUAAUUUAUCCUAAUUGAAAGUGUGUUCAAAUGGAAAAAUAUAUGUAAUUGGUGAAAAAUACCAAGAAAGUUAAUAAUAAUAGUACAAUUAUAAUAUAAUCAUUUUUAGGAUUACUCAUUUCUAAGGUAGAUUAACAAAUGAAAUUAUUUUUAAUUUAUUAACAGAAGGUUUUAAGCAUUUUUGUUCUCAUUCAAAUACUAAUUCAUAAUUCUUAAAAUUAGAGUUUUAGGCAUUUUAAGAAUAAAUUAUUUGCCAAGUGAUAAAUUAAAUAGUUUGGGAUUUCAUGGAAAAUCCAAUUUCAAAAUAUUUAAAUGUUUAGACUUAAUUAUAGGAUAAAAAAAGAAUAUUAGAAAAAUGGAUGUAAUAUACAAAAACAAUUGUUAAGAAUCAAUAAAUUAUUUUGAAUAUAAUCAGAUGUUAAAUUUGUUUAGAAAUUGGAGAAUAUAUUUAUUAAAAUGAAGAUAAUUUGCAGUAAUUAAUAAAAAAUUGUUUAAAUAAAUGGCAAUUAUUCUCAUAAUUUGAAUUUUAAUUUUAUUCGAAAUUAGAAGAUCUAGAAACAAUAAUCGAAGAACUUUUAUAACUUUAAACAAAGGAAAAAGAAUAAUAAUUGUUUGAUAUUUUAAAAAUUAUUUACUCAAACAUUUAUGAUGCAAAAAGAAUUCAUAAUAUUAAAUUUCCUAAAUUUUGGACUAAUGAACCUUAAUGGUUACAAUUAAUUAUAUUAGCUUUAUCUAGAUUGAAAACUUAAAAUCUCUUUUCUUUAUUUGAGUUUCUCAUAAAAGAUAUAUCAACAUAAUUUUAGAUUGAAAGAAAGAUAUCUCCAUUAUAAUUUAAGCUAAUUUAAGAAUUCUCUGAUUCAAUACAAGAGGAAUAAUUUUAAGAUAUAUUAAUUCAAAACAGAUUAUACGAUAUUUUGUUUUAAUUUUAUUUAUAGACUAAUUUAAAAUUAACCAAAGUGUUUGAUCUGAUAUCUUAAGAUAAAGUUUAAUGUUAAAAUUUUGUAGAUUUGUGUUUUGAACAAGAGAUCAAGAAUUAAAACGAGGUUUAAAUUUAAGGUGAUUAAAAGAGAUUAUUCUAAAUAUUAGACCAUAUAGAAGAAAAUAGUAUUAUUUUAAAAUAAUUUUUAGAUUGUGUUGAUUAAGUUUUAUAAUGCAUAACGAAAUAUCCUAAACUUUAUAAUAUUCUUUUAAUCAGAUCAAUGAGAUUAGAAGAAGUUAGAAAUACAACAUAAGUAUUGUAAGGAAAUGAGCCAAAUGCUAAAUACUAUAAUUUUCUAGUAGAUACAGGGUUCCAUAUAGUUGAAAGAUAACAAUAAUAAAUAGACAUUGAAUUUUGA